AUGUCCGACCUCGAAAAGACGCAGUCGCGCAGCGGUGCUCACAGUCAAGUUGAAGAUGUUAACGCAAACAUCUUAGCACAGGCUGACGCGCCGAUUAACUACGAUGUUGAUGGCAUCAAGGGCAUCGUGCGGUCCCCAUACGUACUUGGGGCCGCUCUCUUGGCCUCCUUUGGUGGAUUCUCCUUCGGUUACGAUCAGGGUGUCAUCUCAAUCAUCCUGGUCAUGCCCCAGUUCCACGACCAAUUCCCCGAAACGUCCCCCGACCAUCCGCGAUACGGCUUCAACACCGGCUUCAUGACUGGCAUGCUUGAGUUCGGAGCUUUCAUAGGCUGCCUGUUUCUCCCAUACCUCGCCGAUAAGAUCUCCCGAAAAUGGGCCCUCACGAUCGCCACAUUCUUCUUCUGCGUCGGCGCCAUCAUCCAAACCGCGGCCCAUAACUAUGGCACCUUGGUCGCCGGCCGUACUAUCGGCGGAAUCGGUGUCGGGACCCUGGCCAUGGGUGCGCCGUUGUACAUCUCUGAGAUUGCGCCUCCAAACCUGCGAGGCUCCCUUCUCGUUCUCGAGUCCAUCAGCAUCGUCAUAGGCGCCAUUGUCGCGUACUGGAUCACGUUCGGCACGAGAAGCAUCUCCGGAGAGUGGGCUUUUAGGCUCCCUUUUGCUCUGCAGAUGGCUCCGGCGCUGAUGGUGGGCCUUGGCAUCCACUUCUUCCCGUUCUCUCCGCGGUGGCUCGCGAUGGUUGGCCGUGACGAGGACAGUCUCGGGGCCCUGACCAAGCUCCGCCGCGUACCCGUAUCCGAUGAGCGUGUGCAGGCCGAGUGGAAGGGAAUCCUAUCCGAGGUGCGAUUUCAGCAGGCAAUGGUGGCUCGCGACCACCCGAGCACCAACGCCUUCACGGCCGAGCUUGCGCAAUGGGCGGAUCUUUUCAGACCUCGGUACUUGAAGCCCACCACCAUUGCCCUCGCAAUCCCGUUCUUCCAGCAAUUCUCAGGAAUUAACGCGUUUGUGUACUACGCCCCCACGUUCUUUGCUGCCCUUGGCCAGAAGGGAGACAUGCCCCUGAUUUUAUCGGGUAUGGUCAACAUCUGCCAGCUUAUCGCCGGCAUCCCGACCUUCUUGUUCCUCGAUCAAGUCGGACGCAGAAAGCUCGCAAUCGGAGGUGGUUUCGCCAUGGCUGUUCCCCAUCUCAUCAUGGCAGGCGUGGUCGGCAAGUUCAACAGCAGCUGGGACGAGCAUCCCGCCAUGGGCUGGCUCGGCGUUGCCCUAAUUUAUAUCUACGUCCUCUGCUACGCGACAUCUUAUGGCCCCUUGGCGUGGACCUUGCCCGCAGAGAUUUUCCCGAACUCGAAGCGCGCCAAGGGUGUUGGAGCUGCAACCGCCAUUAUCUGGCUGGCUAACUUCAUCAUCGGAGUUUGUGUUCCGGAGAUGUUGAUCAAGAUUGGCUGGGGGACCUAUCUCUUCUUUGGGUGUUUCUGCGUUGCAGCCGGUGUCUUUUCCUUCUUCAUGGUUCCUGAGACGGCCCAUAAGUCUCUGGAGCAGAUCUCCGCCCUGUUCGGAGAUCACAGUGUGGCGGAGGAGCAGGAUAUCCGCAGGCGCAUUGUGGAGGAAAUCUGGACCGAUCCGAAGUAUCAGGUCUCCAGUGAUGGCGAGACACCAUGCUCUGGGUGCAAGAAGUCAGAAUCUCACUGCGUACGCGUGAGUAACCGCUUCAGGUUCAAGCGCAUGGUCGCGUCAGAAAAGAAAUAUUCCUUCGAUGUGAAUCAACCGUGGCUGCACGCAAGUGCAAGUGGUGAUACACAGAAGCCUCUCGCUAUCGUAGACGAGUCCAGCAAGGCCCUCAAAAGCAAACCAAUACCUCCUCCUCCAAACCCCAACCAACCGACGUUCGAACCCUCGAUCACUGUGGCACAGCCCAAAGCAGCCGACCAACUCACGGCAGCAGCCGAGGCUCUGCAAUCAUUCUCGCAAGGCGGACCGAGUACCCAGUCAGAAUCAUCUAGUAUCGCCACAAAAUUGUCGCCUAAUGCUCAGGCACGAUCGCAUCAGUCGUCACCAGCUGAAGCUGAAAUCUUCGACAUCGGAUUAGGGGGUGGAACCCAGAUAUCCAAUGGCACCGCGGACUCGAGCCAUGGACACGCGUCAUUCUUCAAUUUCCAACCGGUCGCAACCCCUUCCUCGAGCAUAAGCACGCCGUACACCAGCAUAUCUGCACCGAGCCCGUCAGUUCCUCGCUCGAUACCUGAAGGAUGGAGUAGAGCUAUCGUCAACGGGCGACCGAGACGACCAAGUUUGCUCUCGCAAUACCAGUCACCAGUAUUUGAAGAUCCGAAUGCCGAAUCUCAAUCAGUUGCAGGCAGCAUCAGUGAGACGCCGCAACUAGGGUUGCAGGAGGGAUGCCUGAUCCGAUGCUUCAUUGAGAAUCUUGCUGCAGCUUUCGAUACCACCGACCGAGAUCGUCAUUAUGUCCUCGUGGUGCCCCAGCGCGCAGUCUACAACCCCCUCUUGAUGUACGCAAUAUGUACAGCGGCAGCCAGAUACUUGACUCAGUUAUGGUCAAACAAGGGCCCGAACCAAGUAAUCGAAUAUCACGGCAUACCUCUCCCAAAUCUCAACAAAGAGUCUGCCAUUCACUACCAUAACAAAUGCAUAUCGUAUCUGAUGGGCACGUCAACGGAUCCGGCACAUCCAUGCAAUGACGAUGCCCUCACUGCUAUCACAAUCCUUCGUUACCAUGAACAAGUCGACUCUCAUCUCACCGGUUCCGACUCCGAGACAUACGUCAGCGCGGUUCAAGCUGUGUUCCAUGCCCAGCAAGAAGACACCAUUGGUCUCUUCAGCAUCGUCUAUCACCCCCCGCGAGGCGCCGAUAUUUAUGCCCCAAGCAUGCCGUCAUUACGGCACUCCGCUACCCUCAUUGCCCUUCGUCAAGAGAUAUGGUCCGUCCUGCUCUACCGACGCCCCUUCCGACUUCCCCUCUAUGGCGCCGAAGACUGCUCCCAGUUCGAACCUGACAUGGUCGCCGAUGACUUCGACUGGGCCAACCGAAUCCUCGUAUGGUGCGCCUACGUCCUCAAAUUCUGUUUCGGCACGUCGUCCGACAACACCAUCGAUUCCGAAGACCCCAAGUCCCGAGUGGAGCAGUGGAACGCCCUCAAAGCCUUCGAGCACAACUGGGACGAACACCUGCCUCCCCACUACAAGCCUCUGGCAUACCAAGAGCGGAACCCUGAAAAGGGCGAUUACUUCCCCAUCAUCUGGCAUGCGAAUGACUGCCAGGUGCUGGCGCUGCAACACAUCGAGCUGACGAGGAUCAUGCUAGCGGUGCAUAGCGUGAAGAAUCAGAGACUGGGGAUCGGCGCACAGGCGGCAAACCAGGCUUUCGAGGAGUUGCUUCGAGAUGCGACGCGCAAAAUAUGCGGCCUUGCGCUGUCGAAUCACAGGGACCAACCUGCGAUGGUUACGGCUGGCGUGGGCAUCUCUCUGUGCGGGGAGUACUUUCACGACGAGGGCGAGCAGCAGGCCAUUGUAGGUUUCAUGGCAAACCUGGAGAGUUUACACGCUUGGCCUACCAGUUCGGUAGUCGAUGCAUUGAAAACUGCAUGGGGUACAAAGUAA